UCGUGUUGUUUUCUUUGUCUCUCUGAAAAUGAGCCAGUGUGUUCCAAGCUGGGAUCUUGAUAGUCCGCAACCGCCUAGGCUCUCUCUUCGUUCUCACUCCAACUCCACCGCUCCUGAUGUUCCCACGUUCGACUAUGAAGUCGCAGAGCUGACAUGGGAAAAUGGCCAUGUUGCCAUGCACGGCUUAGGUCUGCCUCGCUUGCCUUCCAAAUCUUCAUCCUGGGACAAGCCACGCGCUACCGGUACUCUGGAGUCCGUAGUCAACCAAGCCACCUGUAUUUUGCCUCUUUCUGAAAAUACCAUCACCUCUGCUACUGGCGGUGGUGCUAAAGAAUUAGUGACCUGGUUGGAUCAUCAACAUAGUGUUGCUACUUCCAAUGUUCCCUCCAACACCAUGACCAUGGACGGGUUGGUCCCUUGCAGGAUCAACCAACCUGAUGAACCAAAAAGUAGCCAUAUAAUAGACUCUGUAGUUUCCGUGCCAGGAGUGCCAGACAGUUCUGGCACGGCCAUCCUCAACGGGUGCUCCACUCGAGUGGGGUCGUGCAGUGUUGCCGCUGUCCAUGACGAGGACACUCGUCGCCUGAGAAAACACUCAACGGGCGCUGCACGUGUACCGGCUACACCCGAGUGGAGCAGCAGAUCUCCAAGUGUGAGCGGUAGUGCCACGUUUGGGAUAGACAGUCAGCACGUUACACUUGAAACUAAGGGAAGUGACCGUGACUCAGCUUGUCACAGUAGACUACAGAGAGAGGCAAGCGAUGAGGAGGAUAGAAAGAAGCGAAGUACGGGAAAAUCCUCAGUUUCUACAAAAAGGAGGAGGGCUGCUGCUAUACAUAAUCAAUCUGAACGUAAAAGGAGAGAUAAGAUCAACCAGAGGAUGAAGACGCUGCAGAAGCUGGUCCCAAAUUCCAGUAAGACGGAUAAAGCUUCAAUGCUGGAUGAAGUGAUUGAAUACUUGAAACAGUUGCAAGCUCAAGUCCAUAUGAUAAGCAGAAUGACCAUGCCAGCCAUGAUGUUGCCGAUGGCUAUGCAGCAACAACUUCAAAUGUCUAUGAUGGCCCCAAGAAAUAUGAGCAUGGGGAUUGGGAUGGGAAUGGGAAUGGACAUGAACAACAUCGGCCUCGCCAACAUAGCGGGAGUCCCUCCGCCGGUUCUUCACCCAACCGCAUUCAUGCCCAUGGCUUCAUGGGAUGGCCCUGCCAGUGGCGCUGAGAGGUUCCAGGCCGCUUCCACAAGUGUGAUGCCCGACCCCUUGCCAGCAUUUCUUACAUGCCAAUCGCAGCCAAUGACUAUGGAUGCUUACAGCAUGAUGGCGGCCAUGUAUCAACAAUUCCAUCAGCAACCAGGAACAUUUGGUUCUAAGAGCUAAUAAUAAAAUUUAAUCGAUGCUAGCUAAUUAGCUCGAUAUCGACAUUUGAAUAUAUGUAAAGACCUGAAGUGGUUAUAUCUUUUAGCUUAGUGUAAUCUAAAUAUUUUAUUUUCUUC